GAAUGACCUGUAAGUGAAGAAGAAGAACUCGAAGUAAAAGCAGCUGAGAGUUGCAGCAGUUUGUGUAGCAAUUUUUAAACUGCCCAAACAAAUGGACAGUGAUCCGAAGGAGAGCGGUUCCGGUGCCGGAGAGAAGGGGCCCGACCCUGCUGACGGCAGUAUCGCCGCCCCCAACAGCUUUGCCCCCAACCGCUGGGUCAAGCUGAAUGUGGGUGGUCAGAUAUACGCCACGACCAUCGACACUCUGGUGGGCAGGGAACCAGACUCGAUGCUGGCGCGGAUGUUCCUGCAAGAUGGCAGCAUGAUGCCCAGCGAGCGGGACGAGCAGGGAGCAUUCCUGAUUGAUCGGAGCCCUCGAUACUUCGAGCCGAUCAUCAACUAUCUGCGCCACGGCCAGUUCGUUUGCGAUUCCAACAUCAGCAUACUAGGCGUCCUAGAGGAGGCACGAUUCUUUGGCAUCUUCUCGCUGGUCACGCACUUGGAGGAGCGCCUGGGACAGCAGGAGGCGCCGCUGGGAGACAGGCCACUGACGCGAAACGACGUCAUUAAGGCCAUCAUCCAGACCUCCGUGAUUACGGAGUUGCGUUUUCAGGGCGUCAACCUUUCCGGGGCCGAUUUGCGAAAGCUAGACUUCCGCAACAUCAACUUCAAGUACGCAAAUAUGUCGCACUGCAAUUUGUCCCACACCAAUCUUAACUAUUGCUGCUUGGAAAGGGCCGAUCUUCAGUUUGCGAAUCUAGAGUGUGCCCAGCUUGUUUCAGUGCGAGGACUUUGCGCUAAUAUGGAAGGUGCAAAUCUGCGAGGGUGUAAUUUCGAGGAUCCCACAGGUGUCCGAACCAACCUAGAAGGCGUAAAUCUCAAGGGAGCCUGUUUGGAAAGCAGCAACAUGGCUGGCGUUAACUUGCGUGUGGCAAAUUUGAAGAACGCAAAUAUGAAAAACUGCAAUUUGCGGGCUGCAGUAUUAGCUGGAGCAGAUCUGGAAAAGUGUAAUCUUUCAGGAAGCGAUUUGCAGGAGGCGAAUUUACGUGGAGCAAAUUUAAAGGACGCAGAGUUAACCCUCAUUAUAAAUGCCUUGCACAUGUCGCAGGCCAUACGAUAAUUGCGUCGUUUUUAUGAUGUGGACCUUAUCUUGUGCAAUUUACAUAUCACAUCAGCUCCAAACGAUUAUUACCAAUUAAUUUUAGAAUAAUGAAUGUAAAUACUUUUGGUUUUAACCAUAGUCCUUAAAAUAAACAGUAUUAGGGUUGUAUUUCUAAAUUGAAAA